GACGGUUUCCGAAUGGCAACAUUAUUCAUGAUGGACGUUUUCGCUUGAGUAUUUAUUUUCGGCGCUACUAAUGAAAGUAUCAAUAAAAUGUUCAUGUAAGCCUAAGUUUUUCAUAACUGUCCUGAAAUAGAAAAUGGUAACGAUUGUUGACGAUUUGGACUCAUUAUCUUUGCAAGAGCCAGUUUUUAAGGAUGUCAAGUACUACCUCUCUGGCGAUGUCUCGGAAAGGAUUAUGCAGUUGCUUCAGUCAGGGGGAGCGGAAAACACUAAAUAUUUCUCAGAUUAUGUCACUCAUCUAAUUUGUGGACACAAUGCCGCUGAUACGGACCUCGACGAUGCCCAGGACAUCUACCAAAUUCCUGCAGUAACGGAAAACUGGGUCCUCGCGUGCGCCCGCCUCAAGAGGCUCGCUAACCCCAAGCCUUACUUCCCCAAUAAGAACAAGAUAUUCUCAAAUGUUACCGCGUGCGUCUGUAAAGUGACUCCCGCGGACGCCAGAGCGUUGUUUGCACUCAUAACAUACCAUGGUGGAAAAGUGAAGUUGACCUUGGACACAAAUUGCACUCACUUGAUCUGUGGUUCAGCUUCUGGUAAGAAGUAUAGUACUGCCUUGUCUUAUUCUAAAAUAAAAAUUGUAACUCCUGAUUGGGUGAUAGAGAGUAUAUUGGCGAGAAUACAAGCUGUUACUGAAGUUUUUCACCCAAAACUGCUUGUGAUUCCUCAGCCACCACCUAAGCCAAUGGAUCGUAUUAGUGCGAUCACAGGGUUUGAUUUUGAGGAAGGCAUUGCAAAGAACGAGGUACCGACACAAAAUAUGGCAGAGAACAAAGACGAGACACAAGCACUGCUCGACAAGUUGAAGCAAAGAAUGCCAUGGAAUCACCCCCCUUCAAGUUCAGCUGCGAGUUCAUCGGCAGCCGUAACUUCUAGUGUUAAUUCAAUGGGCUACAGUAAUGCAAUGUCCACUUCCAGUAUUAUAAGCAAAUCUAUACCUCAGGGUAUUGUUACUCAGAAUUUACAAAUACAGGGCAGUCAGGCACAGUUCAUUCAGAAGCUUGGGCAAAGCUCAAUAGUGUCUCAGGCAGGGAUGAAUGUACAAAAUCAGCAAGUUAACUUACAACAGCAAACUUACAGUCAGCAGAGUCAGCAACCUCAGCAGCAACAACCACACGGACUGUCUGCUAUACAAAUACAACAGCAGAAAUUGCUGCAACAACAUCAAAUGAAUCAGAGAAUGCAAAUGUUGCAACAAAAGAUUAACAAUCAGCAAAACCAGCAAGGGUUUGCUCAACCCAAUGUUUCUGCAUCCCAAAUAACUCAAAACAUUAUACAACAGCACAUACAGAACAACCAACAUCAUAAUAUACAGCAGUCUCAGAAUAUUAGUCAAAGCCCUAGCACUUCAAUGAGCUCAGCACAGCAGCAAAUUGAGAACAUCAGUCAAAUGUUGAGUCAGAGUGCAAACAAUUUGCAGCAGGCACAGUUGAACCAGCAGAACAUGGUGAUGAAGCAAGGUUUGACACUGAGCCAGCAGAGCGCUGUUCAGAAUAUUGCCCAACAAUUGGCACAGUCCACUCAAAACCUUCAACAGAGUCUUCAGAAUGCUAAACUUAAUCAGAAUUUAGGUCAAACACAGGUUCUGAAUCAACAGCAGCUCAUUAACUCAGGGCAGCAAAUGUCCUCUCAACAAGGAUUGCAACAGCAAACUGUUCAGUCACUGAGUAAUCAGCGGCAAAAUAUCAAUAUGAGUGUCAUAAACCAGCAGGGCUUAGUGACGUCAUCGCAGGCUCAGAGCGGGCAGGGUCAACUCAGUCAACUUGUCGGUAGCAACACUCAGCAGUCAGUGAUUGGGCAACAGAUACAGACUGUGCAACAAAGUAUACAAAACCAACAGCAGAACACUGUUCCAGUGCAGAGCGCAUGGAGACAGCAGAACAUCCAAAUGGUGCAGAAUGUACAAGGACAGCAUCAAAUCAUUAGAAGCCCUCUAGUACAGUCGCGCAACACACAGAACCAAGUGAUAUUGCAGCAGCAAAUAAUGCAGACACAACAGCAGCAACUAAUCAACAAUCAGCAAUCUCAGCUCAGUCCACAGCACACUAUACAACAACCUCAACAAAUACUCCAGCAAAGUAUUGGCAACCAAGGCCAAACUAUAAGCCAGACUCAUCAUCAAAUAUUGGUUCAAAAGCAACAGCUACUUAACAGUAGUGGGCAGCAGCAGAUUGUGCAGCCUCAGCAAGUUCUAAUAAACCAGCACACAGGCCAGCAACAAAUAUUGGUGCAUGGGAACCAACAAGUGACCUUACAGGGAGGACAGCAAAUUGUUUCUCAAAGCCAGAUUGUCCACCAGGGCGGUCAGAUUGUGAACCAAGGGGGGCAACAGAUUAUUACCCAGGGUGGACAGCAAGUUUUGUCCCAAGGUGGCCAACAUGUCAUAACUCAACAAGGCCAGCAGCAUCAAGUGGUAAUAGCUCAAUCGUCACAGCAGAUAGUGUCUCAAUCUGGCCAACAAUUAAUUGGCCAAAGUGUUGGACAAACACAGCAAGUGUUGACACAAGUACCUCAAUCGCCACAGCCUGGGUCUCAGUUGACCGGGGGAGGUAUCCAGCAAAUAAUUACACACAGUGGAGGCCAGCAGAUAGUGUCUCCGGGAGGACAACAGAUAGUACAAGGUGGCCAGAAUGUGUCCUGGCAGCAACAGCAAUACUUGCAGCAAAGACAACAAAUUGGGCAGCCUGGUGCUGUUGGACCUAGGGUGUCGUGGACGGCAGGCGGAGGCGGCCGGCAACUGAUCCACCUGGACGCGGAGACGCAUGCGCAACUGCAGCAGAUGGACCCCAAGCAGCGCGCCAUGUUUGUCGCGCAGCUGCAGAAGCGCAGGCAACUGUCCAUGCAGAGAGCCGCUGCGAUCGCGCAACAGCAACAGGGUGUGGUAACGGGGUCGCCAGGCGCGCCGUCCCCGGCGCCACAGAGUGUGACAUUCAUUAGAAGUCAAUUGCCGCCGGGUCUCUCUCAGCAGCAGCAGGUACAAUGGUUACAACAGCAAGGCGCAAGGACGACCACCAUUCCGGCGGCCCAGCCGUCGCAGACGCCGCAGUCUCCGGUAGGCGGGGCCGUAUCAGGGACUGUUGGCACGGUGGGCGGAGCCACUGCGGUGGCAGGGAGUGUGGAGACUCCCCUGCAGCAGUUGCAGCGCCAGCAACAGUACCAGCGCUUGCAGCAGCUGCAGGCGCAGCGCGACCACGCCGCUCAUCACCACGCGGCCGCUAAACAGGUGGCUCCAGUCACUCAGCACGUGGUCGCGCCGCUACAGGAACAACAGGUGGAUGCUUUGUUGACGCCCACCACGCCGGACCAACAGCAAGCUGGCGCGGGCGCCUUACUAGUGCACCCAAAGACGAAGACAGCUCUGGCCAACAUGUUGUCUAUUCGACUGCAGGGCGCCGCGCCGUCCGCGUCGCCGGACCACGAGCCUUCUGCUGCCGGGACUUUAAGGCUUAUGACAGCGGCGCACGCGGCGGGUGGCGCCGUGCGCACCCCGGCGCGGCUGGUGCUGGGCCCGGCGCACCAUCCGCACCAAGUGCCCACGCCGGCGGGCAGCACAAGUGUGGUGGGCAACAAAGUGUACGCGGGCGCGGUGCGUGCGGCGCCCCCGCGCGCGCAGUUCUACGGCCACAACCCCAACCUCAAGCUGCCGCCUGAUCUGUUCUUGCUCGGAUGCGUGUUUCAUAUUGUGGAGUAUCAGCAGUCGGUGGGGGCGGAGCGCGUGUCGCGCUGGACGGAGGCCAUCGUGCGGCGCGGCGGCGAGGUGGAGGCCGGCUACUGCGCGCGCGUCACGCACGUGCUGUGCGAGACGCAGCGACACGGCGUCGUCAUGCAGGCACUGCGCGAUGCUAAGCGUUGCGUAACCGCGUACUGGGUAUCGGACACGUUGGAACGCAGAUGCGUUUCACCGCCGUGGCACGCGUUACACUUGCCGGCGCUGCACGCGCGCACGGAGCGGCCCGCGCAGCACCACCGCGCCGCGCUCACCGGCUGGCGACGCGACGAGCGGCGCCGCCUCGCCUGCUGCCUGCGACAGAUCGGCGCCAAGUUAACACCAUACAUGAGCCGGGACAACACAGUGCUGAUCUGCCGGCGCGCGGAGGGCAACAAGUACCGGCGCGCGCGCGACUGGGGCAUCCCCUGCGUCAGCGCCGCCUGGCUCACUGACCUGCUGCUGGGCAACAUGACUGCGUUAGCACAGAUCGAGAACGCAAAAUAUCAGCAGUACAACGUGCAACAUCCUUUCCGCAUGGACUACAGUUUAGUUUCGCAUCUUAUGAACGCAUGGAAAAUGCCUAUCAACAUAACGCAGGAGUCUCACGAGCGUGCGAAGCGAAGCGCAGCGGCGGCUGGCGGGCGACGCGCCAAGCGGCCGCGCCUCGACCCGCCCCCCGCCGCGCUGCAGCCGCCCCCGCCCCCGCCGCCCCUGCACCUCGCGCCAAGGGUGCUGUUCUCAGCCAUGCCGCCGCAGGAGCAGAGCAGACUGGCCGCCAUUGUCAGACAACUCGGAGGCCUCGUCGUUACGUCGGCGUCUGAGGCAACACACCUCGUCAUGGAAAAGCUCGUCCGAACGUGCAAGCUGGUGAGCUGUCUCGUCACCGUCAAACAUCUCCUCACCCCCGAGUGGAUCCUGGAGAGCCAACGCGCCAACAAGUUCGCGGACGAGGCCAAGUACGGCCUGCGAGGCGAGGCCUUCAACAAAAUGUUCAAGUGUGACGUCGACGAAGUCUUACUUUGCGGCGAACAGAGAAGGAAACUCUUCGAAGGCAUCACGUUCUUCCUCACACCCUGUGUGAAACCAUCGAGGUCGGGACUCACGGAAAUGAUCGAACUCUGCGGGGGAAAAGUCGAAAAGAACCGCAGAUCCUACGUCUCGAUCCAAGAGAUGCACAACCAGAAACCGUACAGCUACUUGAUCCUCACGGUCCCCAAUGAUCUACAUCUAGUCUACUAUCUCCUGCAAUCCGAAAAGACUUUGAACGUAGUGUGCAGCACCGAAGUGGUCUUAUCGGCAAUAAUGAGACAGAAGCUCGAAAUUGAAGAGUUCCUCGUCAAAAUUGAUUAAUGAUUUUUUUUAAUAUUUUAUAAUAAUAAUUUGGUGUUGAAUGUAUUUUUAAAAAUGAAUUUUAAUUUAUGUACAUAAUGAAUUUUUAAACAAUGAAUUAAUUAGACAGUAUUUUAUAACAGUUUGAUGUUGAAUUGAAUGUAUUUUUAAAAAUGAAUUUUAAUUGAUGUAAUAAUAAUAAUUUAAACAAUGAAUUGAAAGAUGAAAUAAAAGUUUAUCGCACUUAUGGACGAAAGUGGCCAGUUCCAAUAUUUAAGGUUCUCGAAAUGAUGAUUUUCAUUAUAAGAAUUUAAAUUUGUACUGGUUACUUGAAAAUUUAAUGACAGUGGGGGAUAUACAUUCAUUCCAUAACAGUAGUUUCCUAAAUUUCUUAUAAUAAAAAAGAAAAACUAAAGUAAUAGUCACUUGUCCCAAAGUGCGAUUUUAUUGUAAGUCAAUCGAUUUUCAGUGACAAGUUUCACAUUGUGAGGUAAUAAAUACUAGUUAGUAAAUUAUAUUGUAUUCAGUUUUGAUGCAUUUUUAAUUUUUAUAUUAUAUAGUGGUGCCUUGUGCCUUAAAUUUUUUACUUUUGUUUUAUUUCUAACCUCUUGGUUUUCUGUUAACCCUGCAGAUAUUUUAUUAAAUUAUACUUGUAGUAAAACAUUUUGUGGAAUAGACUUAAAUUUUAAGAACAGAAAUAUAUUUUUAUUGUAAAGCAUUAAAAUUUUAUAAACUAUGACAUUGUAAAUAAAUAAAAUAAAUUUUUAAGAUA